CGGGGCGUGUGGCUCGGGCCCGAGGCCGAGGGCUUUGAGGGGCGUGAUACCAUGGAGGAGGGGGAGGUGGUACCUCAGUUGGAGACUCCAAACCGAGCGACUGUGACAGUGACUGAUUCGGAGAAUGUGAACACUGAGCCGAGCACACUGCUACACAAGAUCAAAGGCUCCAUCAGCAAGAACGUUCAGCUGAAGGUGGAUAACGUUCUGCAAGAUGUUAAAGUGUUCUCGGACAUAGAGAAGCUUUACCUGUACCUGCAGCUGCCUUCCGGCCCCAGCCAUGGGGACAAGAGCUCCGGUGUCACCGGCAGUGACCAGUUCUCCUCCAGCACCGCUGACCAGAUGCACGCCUGUAACUGGAUCCGGAACCACCUGGAGGAGCAUCCGGAUACCUGCCUGCCGAAGCAGGAUGUGUACGACGCCUACAAGCGAUACUGUGACAACCUCUCUUACCGACUCCUGAGCGCAGCCAACUUCGGCAAGAUCAUGAGGGACGUCUUCCCUAACUUCAAGGCGCGGCGGUUAGGAGGGAGAGGUCAAUCCAAAUACUGCUACGGUGGGAUCAGGAGGAAGACCGUGGUCAACAUGCCCUCCCUCCCCAGCCUGGAUCUGAAGCCACAGGAGCCAGUGGAAGCGAAGGAAGCUGGCAGUACGAAGCAGGAUGAGGUGCUGAUGUCAGCAGCCAUCAGCCUGAUCUGUGAGUGGGCGCAGCGGGUGCUGAUGAGGCAGUUCGAUACGGUGGUGGACCUGGCCUGCUUCCUCGUGAAGGAGCACCUCAUCAGCCCCAGGACCAAGAACGCCGCCGUGGUGAUGAAGGAGCUAAAGCAUGAGAACGUUCUGAAAUCGCCAAAGGACUCAAAAUUCCGACAACAACCCAGGAACGCAGAGCAGGAGGGUGAAGAGAAAUCACCAGACUCUCAGACGGAAAGCUCUAAGGGCAGGAAGGAGGAGCGUCCGGGAGCACCGCGAGGUAAACAGCCGGCGGCCGCGGUCGACGUGGACAGUGUCAUUAACCGCUACGCCCCCAUCAAGCCCAAGACGCAGGCCAAGGGCGUGCUGACCAUCCCAGCGGCGCCCUGCCUCUCCCCGGCCGCCCUCCCCCUGCGCGUGGCCGCCCCCGUCUCCCUGGCGCUGUCGCCGGGCAACCGCCCGGCCGGGGUGGUCGUCACGGCGGCCGGGCCCCUCCCCCUGCUGAAGAACGUCGCCGUCCUCCUCCCAGGUCCCGCCGCCCCGCCCCCACCCCAGGAGCCCCUUCCCCCUCCCCCGCCCCCCAAGGUCGAGCGGCGUUGCCCCCACCCCGCGCCCAGGGGCUCCACCCCCACCAAGCGGCCGGCCCCGGGCGGGGCGCCAGCCUCCAAGAGGAAGCGGGGGCGCCCCCGCAAGGUGGUGGCCCCUCCAGCUGAGCCCGGGCAGCCCCCACCUCCCCCUCCCUGUGCCGCCCCCUCCUCCUCUUCGCCCCCCAGCGCCAACCCGCCCCCCGCCCGGGCCAGCGCGCCAACGGAGCAGGAGGCCCGCAAGACGUCGGUGAUCCGCCCGGUGUGGUGGGCUGGGCACCCGGGGAGCAGGAGGACCCGGUCUCCCCCUCACAAAGCCCCCGCCCAUCCCCCGUGACAGCGGCUCGUUUCCCCACCCCACCCCACCCUCCUGUCGUCAGCUGGCCGAGAGAGAGAGAGAGAGGAGGAGGGGGCACAGAAGAGCACACCUGACGUGCGCACAGCAGCAGGUACCACUCUGGGCCUGGGCCCCGGUUCGACAUCCUGGAGGGCCCCACCCGAGUUGACUUUCACCGUGCCAGUGUUCAGCGGACUGUCGGGAGUGGUGACCUGCCGAAAGACACUCGUUCUUCUUUUUUUUGUUGUUUAUUUUUCCCGUUUCCUCCGCUUUUAUUUUUGACCUGUUGCUAAUUUUGAUAACUUACACAUCCUAAGGUUGCUGUAAAUACUUUACCGAAAGAUAAA